AUGGGAAAGCCGUCCGAAUUCACUUCCAUUGACGACCAGGCUGAACAGGCCCACACAGGUCCUCCAAGCUACGAUUCAAUUCCUACUGACCACCAUCCCAGCCCAAGCCUCCACCUAUCGAAUUCGCAAACUUCUAGGAGAGGCUCUCUUGAUCUUGCACAGGAGUUAGAUCGCGUCCUCUCUGCGGAUCAAGUCUUAACCACAGAACCGGUCUUUCCUACAGGACAAGAUGGCCGAAUAUCUCUGCACUUUGGCAAAGACACCGCAAAGCUUUAUAAGCUUUUCGUCACCGACGUCAAGGCCGAGACCCCAAGCACACGUUCUUCGUCCUUCUCAGAUGCACAAUCCACGUUUCCCGAGUUCGAUAAUCUUCCACCUCACUUGAACAUCGUCAUUCAAGUCGUCGGCUCACGAGGCGAUGUCCAGCCCUUUCUGGCUCUGGCAAAACGACUCCAGCUAGCGGGACAUAGAGUCCGAUUGGCAACACAUCCCAUCUUUCAGUCCCUUGCUGAAUCCCAUGGAAUCGAAUUCUUUAGUAUUGGCGGUGAUCCCGCAGAGCUCAUGGCAUAUAUGGUUCGCAACCCUGGACUUAUGCCCAAAUUCGAAACAGUAGCCCGAGGUGAGGUCUACAAACGAAGAAAGACUAUUGGUGAGAUGAUGCUUGGAUGCUGGAAAUCUUGCUAUGAACCAUCAUCGACUCAGUCUGCUGCAAAAUACAAACCCUUCGGUCGCACUAAAUCGACAAAGUCUGCUCCCCAACAAUCAGAUCCCAUACCCUUCGUUGCCGAUGCCAUCAUUGCCAAUCCACCCUCCUUUGCACAUAUCCAUUGUGCAGAGAAACUCGGUAUACCACUCUACAUCGUUUUCACGAUGCCUUGGUCUCCCACCAAGGAAUUUCCUCAUCCUCUUGUCGACAUCAACAUGUCGGGCGUGGACGUGAGGUUGGCUCGAUUUUUAUCUUACUUCCUAGUCGAUGCUAUCAUCUGGCAAGGCCUGGGAAGUGUCAUAAAUCGUUUUCGAUAUCAGGUUCUAGGCCUCGAACCUAUCAACCCAACUCUAGCACCCGGAAUGCUGCACCGACUACGAAUUCCCCAUUAUUAUUGCUGGUCACCCACUUUGAUUCCUAAACCAUCCGACUGGCGAUCCUCUAUCAGUGUCCCAGGCUACUUCUUGCUACCAAGUCCGACAAAGUACAACAUGCCAGAAGCUCUGCAGCAAUUCUUAGACAGUGGAAGUCGUCCAAUUUUCAUCGGAUUCGGCUCGAUCGUGAUCGACGACCCAGACGGACUAACCUCCAUCAUCCUGAGAGCUCUCGAGCUCACUGGCGUUCGUGCAAUCCUUGCACGUGGUUGGGGAAGUCUGAAAGUUGGCGAAGGCUUCAACUCCUCGAAUCGAGACAACAUAUUCGUCCUCCAUGGAGAUAUCCCCCAUGAUCAGCUCUUCCAGAAAGUAUCCGUGGUCGUUCAUCACGGAGGUGCAGGUACUACAGCCUCUAGCCUUACCGCUGGACGGCCCUCAAUAGUCGUUCCUUUUUUCGGCGACCAAUUCUUCUGGGGAAAUAUGGUCUUUCGAGCAGGAAUCGGUCCGGCUCCGAUUCCUUACUCGACUCUCAAGGCCGAGGACUUGGCUUCGGCAAUUCAACAAGCCUUAGAACCUAGUUUGCAACUUCGUGCAAGGGAUCUCGGAAGCAAAGUCCACGGCGAGAAUGGCUUGGAGACCACUAUUCAAUUGAUCAAUGCCGACUUGCACAAAACCCGAAUCCCACGGUGCAUUUUGUUCCCAGACCACAUCGCGACAUAUCACUAUACCCCAAAGUCAAGGUCUAGUGCCAAGGGGAAGUCUAAGAACGGGAGCUCAAUCAAUCUCAGUCCGCUGGCUGCUGUGUUUCUCCGCAAACACAACCUUAUUCCCACAGACUCGUUUGAACAUUUAGCAAUCCUACGAUAUACUGAACACAAUGUGUCCUCGGGUCCGUUUGAGCCAGUGUCAGGAGCAGCGUGGGCGGUCCUGGAUUUACUUUGGGACUCCAUUCGAGGUAUGGGAGAGAUGUUGACCGAGGUCGGCCACAUACCUUAUCUAGGCGUCAAAGCGUUUGACAAAGGCAAGGUCGCCUCUCGAGCAUCUAGUUCAUCUGUAACUCAGGACAUGUCCUGCGACCAUUCGCCUCCAUCCUCAACCGACAACGAUGUUCGCCACUCGUUACCUGGAACGUAUCUUGUCAGAGGCACGGCUCGAGUACUCAAAGCAGCAGCGCGCGCCCCUGGCGCCUUCACAUCAGCCAUGGCAACCGGCGCACAUAACCUACCACUGUUAUACCACGACCCGACGGUAAGGCCAACGCCUGUAGUUCGAGAUAUCAGCUCCGGCAUCAAAGCCGGCACUUCCGGCCUAGCAUAUGGUGUCUACGAUGGCAUAGCCGGUAUCUUCACCCAGCCCAUCAUGGGUGCUCUUGAGCCUUGGCGUAAUGGUGACCAACGGUACAUGGAUACCAGAUUCGAAAGCAGGGACAUUUCUCAAGAUACACGCAGCGAGAAGAACAAGACCAAUGGAAAUUUAGUCCAAGCCAGCGCACUCGGUUUCGCCAAGGGUUUGGUGAAAGGCGGCUUGGGAUGUCCCGUCAAGUUUUUUGCUGCCGCCAGCGCUAUCGUGGGGUAUCCGCUUAAGGGUAUUGAUGCUUCAGUCAGUAAAGUUCUACGCAGAAACGACAUUGCAAAGACAAUUCGAAGCCAGAGAGCCAUGCAGGGCGAAAGAGAGUACUACGCAGAGUCUUUCUCGCCAGAACGGGUCAGAGAAGUCCAGAAGCGGUGGCUGGAAAUUGUUGAUAAGACUGGUAUGGAUGAAACUAGAGUUUGA